AUGUUCCUUGUGGAGCGCAGCGCGUUCCGCACGCUGGUUCGCGGCCGGGCAUUCGCAAGCCAGAGCGCGUUUAGCGACUUGGGGCCCACCUGGGCUCCCAUGGAACAGCUCCAAGCGACCUUCGAUGAGGUCCUACUGAGGCCGUGGCGUUUCCCGCCGCACGUGCAAGAGCUGCACCGCAUGGCGGUCUUGGAGCGCCAGCAGCGGCAGCGCGUGGUGGACCAGGCACCAGUGGCCGCAGAGCGCCAAGCGCUGCUGGCGCGGAAGGUGGUCUACUGCAUCAUGGGCAGAGAAAGCCCUCGAGUGCAAGUGUGCGUGACGAAGGUCUCUGCUGCACAGGACUUCAUGGAACGCUCGCUCCACGAGCUCCAGCGUGCCGCCGCAGCCGCACAGUCCGGAAAGCUGCCCAAGCGGCGGUCGAAUGCGGCGAAGUCGGGGUUGGCACUGGAACAUCCCGAGAACUUGCUCCUGUACGUCCUCGAGAGCUUGGCCAGUCCAGACAUCCCCUACCACCGGAUCUGUCAAGAGCGCUUGCGCCACUGGGCCCUCCGCGAAACGACCUCAGCUCAUUCCUCAAGUCUGAUGGAGCUGCUUCAACGUGACUAUGAGCUGGCCUGGAUAGGCUGCAAUGUGAAUUUCAUUCUGGGCUUGAUGGCCUUUGCCUCUUGCUUGGUCUCCUUCUCCUGUGUCACUUGGGGAGCAGUGAGCCGUCCCAUUGCUUGCACCGUCCUGGCCACCGAGUGUUUGAUUAUCUCAAUUGUCAACGAUGGCGUGGUUCAGGGCGAUGGUCGAGCAGGCGGAGUGCGUUUCGGCUGCAACCUGUUUUCGCUGUGCAAACGCUACAUCGUCCUCUUGGCCUACCACGCAUGGCAUGGGCAGCGCCUGACCUUGGCCCUGUCCUUUUGCUUUGUUAUUCUUGCGAUCCAUUCCUUGGUUCGCUUGCAGCUGGCCAAGCAGAACGACUGA